AUGUGGGAUAAACCCAGCGUCCGGCCAUUGGAGCCAAGGUGUCAGCUGAUAGGGGUCAUGUGUACCACAACAGCCCAAGCCAAGGCACCAUCUCGACCGGGCAUUGCUACACUGGAGAUCCUUGCCGAGGCUCAUGAAAAAGGGGAAAUAAUUUUGUUUCCAAUGGAGUACAAGUUGAAAGAAAAUGAGCCCUUGGAUCUGUUAUGCCAGGUAGCUGUAAAGGGGAAAUUUGUAAAUGAGACGAAGAAAAAGCUGUUGGCUAUCUGCAGGAAAUAUGGGAUAGACAACCAACAGUAUCCAGUGGAGCGCUUUCUGUCCCCUUUCCUGAAGUUGUCCUGGGAAUGA